AUGUGGAACUUUCUUCUCGUGUUCGUGGCUGUGGCCGUCUGGCCGGCGUCAACACAAGACACCGUCAAUGCCUGCCUGUCCUCCCCAUGCGUACACGGAACCUGUACUGACGGCGCGGCCGCGGGGAGUUACACCUGUAGCUGUGAGAACGGAUGGACAGGGAACAACUGUGAUCAAAUGUCUUUUGGCGGACAAUGCUACCAGUUUUCGUCCACCGCUCUGUCCCACCAAGACUCGGCACUCGCCUGCAGCGCCAAUGGCGGCCGCUUGGUGGACGUGAUGGACCACGAGCAGCAAAGUUUCCUCGCUGAUAAGAUGGCGGCCUCUUCUGGCAAUUCCAACUGGCUCGCCAUGAAAACUGCACCGACAGAAAUUCUCAACAGCGACGGAACUCCGGUUUCAGGGCAACUUCAAUGGUCUUCCAGUGAACCUUCCGAACCGUGUGACCUGUGUGUUCUCCUGGACAGCUCCGACAACUAUCUGGCCAAGACAGCACCGUGCACGGAGCAGCACAACUACGUCUGUCAGGACGCUCAGGUAUCCUGUGACCCUAACGUGUGUCAGAACGGCGGAAACUGCACCUCCUGCUUCAACGGGUCUGCCACCUUCUGCCGGUGUCCUGAUGGGUUCGAGGGCGAUUUCUGUGAAAUAAACAUCGACGAGUGCGCCUCCAAUCCGUGCCAAAAUGGCGGAACCUGCCAGGACGGCAUCAACUCCUACAGCUGCAGCUGCCCAACCGGGUUCCAUGGAGACCACUGCGAGUUCGACACGGACUGGUGCGAUCAUCCUGAGGUCCAGUGUCCGUUCGGCUGGUCCUGCCGGGAUGACAUUUCCUCCUUCGAAUGUUACGAUCCGAACCCCAUCGUCCGAAGGAGCGCCUACUCGUGCAGCAGCGCCUCCUGUCCGGUGGGCAUGUACUGCAGGGAGAAGGGCGCGGCAUCUUUCUCCUGCAGCGCGGAGUGACGUCAGAGCCGGGCCCUUCCAGGCGCCACAAGCGGCCCGAGGCUGACACGCGUCUUACGACAGCGUUCCAACACUGACUUUAAUCAGUGAUAAUAAACCAAUAAAAA